AUGGCUCAAGAGACUCAACAGAAUGAACCUCGUGGAUCCAUUAGCUUGCGAAAUUCCCAGUUGCAAUAUCCCAACUCAUCAGCAAUCGCUAACAAUUGCUCAUCUUCUAGUGAUAUUCACACUGCACACCAGAUAUCCAGUUCCUCUGUUAAACUGCAUACAGUGACACCCGUUUGUACACUGACUAACAAUAAUCAACCAAUUCAGUAUAUUGGGUUGGAGGCCAGGACUGUAUGCGUCCCUGUUUGUAGUUCUCAUUCAUUAUAUCCCCACUCGGUUGUACAUCGUGCAUCUCCAAAUUCAAAUGUUGGAUAUAACUCUGGAUCUAUGACUCAUGCUCAUUGCAGCACUUCAAGUGGUCAGCCGGAUAUGCUGAGCUAUGCAGAACUAUUUCCAUGCAACAAGUGA